AUGUCUGCCCCGUCGUCCGAGCCGUCGUUCCCUCCACCUCCAUUGCACUACCCUCCUUGCCUGCACCAGAGAGACUGCGAUAAACAACUCCAUCGAGAGCUUCGGGAAGUAUACCAAUCGCACAGCACAACCUGGGACGACGAGUCCAAGUCAGCCUGGUUCUCAUCCAUCAUCGACAAAGCCACCGUCAGCGGCUCCACGAACAAAAAAGUCUCUUCACAUUGCCUCGCACGCAGCGCCACCGCCGAGACUGUGACGUGGGCACACUUCUGCGCGUUGAGCACAAUCUUCAAGGGGCGCGUACAUAGCAGCAAGAAGUUUAUCAAGGCCGUCCUCGGCAAGUACCCAAGCGCAGACCUCAACGGCCUCGACUUCAAGGAGAGCUACAAGCUUCCCAACGCCGAGUCCACUCUUGCCAGCGCCAGCGACGCAGCAGCCACAGCGGCCGUCGAUUCACAGGACGACACGGCGGAACAGCUACUUCAAUCUUCUUCUGCAUCAGUCACUACACCUGUCCAACCCGCCGUCGCAACAAUGCCCGUUCAGACUCGCUCUGCGUCGGCGAAGCCCGCCAACAAGUCUGCCCCUGCUCCCCGGGCCACCACCAAAAACACCACCACCACCACCACCACCACCCCCAAGGAGACCGCCACGUCGGCUCCCCCUGAGAGCCCCCCUGCCGCGCAGAGAAUCAAGCGCGAGCCAUCCGAGGAGGAAGAGCGGCCUGCCAUGCCUGCUGCCAAUACCACUACCACCACCACCACUGCCGCGCCUGCCACCGAGCCCAAGAAGCGCAAGCGGCUCCCUGAAGCCGCACCCAACCGCACCGCCGGCGCAGCCCCCAAGCGCCAGAAGAGGAGCACCAAGGCCAUGCCCUCCACCACCGCCGCCACCGCCGCCGCUCCCACCGUGGAGACAGCAGAGGCCGACGACAACACCACCACCACCAGCGGCCCCAAGCGGCGCGGGCGCAAGCCCGGCAGCGUCAACAAGCCGCGUGCCGACAUCGCCGCCCUCGUGGCGCGGGUCGAGGCCCUCGAGGCCGAGGUGCAGCAGCUGCGCACCAAGGACGAGAAGAACGAGGCCUGGAAGCGCAACGUCCGGGCGUACCGCCGAAAGCAGUCGGCGCAGAUCUCGCGGGUCCGCCGCUGGGUGGCAGCCGCGCAGCGGCACGGCGUGCCCGUGCCCGCCGAGGUGUGGGACGCGCUCGUGCAAGAGCGCGAGGCUGGAAAGAAGGCCUUCAAGGCCGAGGAGUGAG